AUGGCGGAAACGGCCCGCUCCACCAAUCCGAAGCGGCCCGUUUGCCCGUCCUGCUCCAAGCCCCCGCGCACGUGCCUCUGCACCCGGAUCCGAUCUCCGCGUCUCGACCACCCCGUCCGCGUCACCGUCCUCCAGCACAGCCUGGAGCGGAAGCACCCCCUCAAUUCCACCCGAAUCUUGACGCUAGGUUUCAAGAACGUCGCCGUCGCCGCCGUUUCCGACGUCAACUCCGGCGCCGAGUUCUCGAUCUCACCGCUCGAGCAAGACUCCGAAAUCGGCGCCAAUGGAUUGGUAUCUGGAGUGGAGGUGGGAAGCCCUAAUUCGGUCGUCGAAUCGAAUGGAGCUUAUUGUCCUGGGGAUGAUAGGGACUGCGGUUCGAUUGCCCCGAACGGUGGGGAGGUUUCGGAGGAUUCCCAGGUGCCGCAGAACUCGCGCGCUUGUGGAGUCUUGUCUAGAAGUACUAGCAAACCCGUUAUCAGUUUUCGAAUGGGCAAGAAGGGGAUUAUCGAAUCGAUAGACCAUGUUUGGAUGUCUCGAAUCGGUCAUCAAGGAGCUGAUUUCGAUGCCAUAUUAGAAUGUGAGUCGGCUCGUGAUGUUCUGUGGAAUGGAUUUGUGGUUAAGAAGUUGCAAACCCUUUUAUCAAACCUGAGCUUGGAGCCUGAAGAGUGUGAGGAAUUUGUGCUGGAGGUGCCGCAAGGGUCAGUGCUUCUGUUCCCGACCGAGAAUGCACUCAGCAUUGACGAACUCAAGGCAGCUGAGUUCAACGUCAGGAACUUGAUUGUGCUGGAUGGCACGUGGAUGAAGGCAAAAAGAAUCUACAGCGAGAAUCCUUGGUUGAAGCUGUUGCCUCAUCUGAAGUUGGAUUCGGAGGUGAUGAGCUUGUACGGAGAAGUUAGAAGUUAG